AUGGUGGCCCCUGGCAGUGCAGGCAGUGGCGAGGGGGGGCCCCGGGGAGCAGAGAAGCUCCGGCAGCGGGAAGAGAGAGAUGCAGGCUCGGCAGAGUCCUACACCAGCCGCCCCUCGGACUCGGACGUGUCGCUGGAGGAGGACCGGGAGGCGCUGCGCAAGGAGGCCGAGCGCCAGGCCAUGGCACAGCUGGAGAAAGCCAAGCCACAGGGCUCGGCAGAGUCCUACACCAGCCGCCCCUCGGACUCGGACGUGUCGCUGGAGGAGGACCGGGAGGCGCUGCGCAAGGAGGCCGAGCGCCAGGCCAUGGCACAGCUGGAGAAAGCCAAGACGAAGCCGGUGGCCUUUGCCGUGAGGACGAACGUCGGCUACAACCCCUCGGCCAGCGACGACAUGCCAGUGCAGGGCAUGGCCAUCUGCUUUGAGCCCAAAGACUUCCUGCACAUCAAGGAGAAGUACAACAACGACUGGUGGAUCGGGCGGCUGGUGAAGGAGGGCUGCGAGGUGGGCUUCAUCCCCAGCCCCGUCAAGCUGGAGAACAUGCGGCUGCUGCAGGAGCAGAAGAUGAGGCAGAACCGCCUGAGCUCGAGCAAAUCGGGGGACAACUCCAGCUCCAGCCUGGGCGACGUGGUGACGGGGACCCGCCGGCCCACCCCCCCCCCAGGUGCCCUGGACAUGCCUAGCUUUGCCUUUGACCCUGAUGAGUUAGAGGAGGAGGAGGCCAUGGAGACCCAGCGCUCCCCUAAGAGUAGCGUGAGCAGUGUCACCACCCCCCCCGCCCACACCAAGCGCAUCCCCUUCUUUAGGAAGGCUGAGCACGUGCCCCCGUACGACGUGGUGCCCUCCAUGAGGCCCAUCAUCCUGGUGGGGCCGUCGCUGAAGGGCUACGAGGUGACGGACAUGAUGCAGAAAGCCCUCUUUGACUUCUUGAAGCACCGAUUUGACGGCAGGAUCUCCAUCACGCGGGUGACGGCCGACAUCUCCUUGGCCAAGCGCUCCGUCCUCAACAACCCCAGCAAGCACACCAUCAUCGAGCGCUCCAGCACGCGCUCCAGCCUGGCCGAGGUGCAGAGCGAGACCGAGCGCAUCUUCGAGCUGGCCCGGACGCUGCAGCUGGUGGCCCUGGACGCCGACACCAUC